AUGCCUACAUUAAUUGACGUAGAAGACGAUGGAGAACAUAGCAUGGGAACUGCUUUGGGAAAAGAUUCAAUGUUUGUCAAUCGUCAAGCUAGUAAUGAUGAUGACUUGUAUGGAGUGAUUGUGAAUAGUGAGGAAGAAGCAUAUAACAUCUACUGUGAGUAUGGUGCUAGAAUGGGGUUUAGUGUUCGGAUAAUGCAGAGGAGAAAAACCAACAAUGUUGUGAAGCAAGUUAAUUAUUGUUGUUCAAAAGAAGGUUUUAAACUAGAUAGUGAUCCUUCGGAAGUGAAAAAGGCAGAUAUGCUGGAUAUUAGAACUAGUUGCACAGCAAAAAUUCGAUUUGGAUUGCAAGAUAACAAUUUAUGGAAAGCGACUCUCUUUGUCCCUGAACACAACCAUAAGCUUGCAGAGCUAGAAGAAAGACAAUUUUUGCGCUCCAAUUGA